GGGUUCUGUGAUUUCACCAAAUAGGACAGUUUCGGAUACAUGGAGAUGAUAGAUAUCUAUCUCUUGUAGUCUUCCACCCUUCCCAUCCAUCAAUAAGGAUUCCCACCAUCUUUCUCCUCCUGUUCCUCCCUACAUCUCUCUCCCUCUUUUUGUCUCUUUGUCCUGACUCCUCCCUCAGAUCAGCCUGUUGUCCACUCAGUCUCCCUCUGCUUCUCUUCAUCAGACCAGUGUCUCCUCUCAACUCAGUCAUCUCUUAAUACCACUGAACAACCACAGAAAGGAUCAGCCUUUCACUUCAGUGCAGAAUGCCUUUCGGAGGAGGAAACAAGUGUGGCUGCUGCCAGAAAACCGUCUACUUCGCUGAGGAAGUGCAGUGUGAGGGGAAGAGCUGGCAUAAAUCCUGUUUUCUGUGCAUGGUCUGUAAGAAGAACUUGGACAGCACAACAGUGGCCGUUCAUGUGGACGAGAUCUACUGCAAAUCAUGCUAUGGCAAGAAAUAUGGGCCAAAAGGCUACGGCUUUGGAGGUGGAGCUGGAACUCUGAGUAUGGACACAGGAGAAGGACUUGGAAUCAAGCCUGAAGUACAAGCUCCUCAUCGCCCUACAAAUAACCCAAACGCCUCAAAGUUUGCCCAGAAAACAGGGGGCUCAGAUGUGUGUCCUCGCUGUGGGAAUACAGUGUACGCAGCAGAGAAGGUUAUCGGAGGAGGCAAUUCCUGGCAUAAAGCCUGCUUUCGCUGUGCAAAGUGUGGCAAAGGACUCGAGUCUACGACCGUUGCUGAUAGAGACGGGGAGAUCUUCUGUAAAGGUUGCUAUGCAAAGAACUUUGGUCCCAAGGGGUUUGGCUUUGGUCAGGGUGCAGGAGCUCUGGCUCAUUCCCAGUAAAGCCUGAAGCCUCGGCCCACCUCGGACUGACAUCUGCGCUCUGAUAUCAUCGCUUCCAGGAUCCGUCAGUCAAUAUCUAGCCUAUUUUACUCUGCCCUUUCACUCCAGCUAAAGGCAAAGAGGAAGGAAAGAACACACAGCUUUUUGUAUGAGUUCACCAAGUAGAUUUUGCUGUAUGUUGCAUUUGAAUCUGGAUUAUGAUGUUUUUGACUAGUUUUUGACUGGUUAAAAAACAAUAUAUCAUGCUAAACAUUUAUAAACACACUGAAUUCUAACUUUGUGUUUGGAUGUGCACAUUGUGUGUGUUUAAACUGACUGGUUAUCAGCAAGCUGGCUCCAAAAUAAACCAAAUUAAAAAAUUCUGUGGUAGCAAUACUAAGAGACACUUGCACUGUAAUAACAGAGUUCCGCAAAUGUUGAGUUUGAGAGCAUCUUAAAUCAGUUGGUGUCUGAGCAAGAACAAAGUAAGAUCAACAUGUUUCAUGACUGAAAGCUAUGAAAAAACAGCCUCACAUUACGCUUCAGUUACACUCAAGAUUAAAUUUUCCUUUCUGCCUUACAUGUCACAUGCUGUCUUAAGAUACGUAUUAUUGCUGAGAAACAAAAUAAAUAAUCAGGCAAAAAAAAAAAAGAUGGAUUUUUUUUUUUAUUCCCACAUGAUGCAAAAUUUGGUAUGCCUUACACAAUUGUCAUUGUUCUUUGUGUGGUUCUGAUCUGAUGAAAUAAGCGUGUAUGUUUACGUGGUCUUGGGUGUGAUUGUUAUUCUUUUAUCGUCAAACAGAGCAGAAUGCCAGCUGUUGUGAUGAACAACGGAGUCGUAGUGCUCAGCCCCGUCUCUGCCAUCGCCGAGGAGUUGGCAUACUGACCACAGUGCCAGGCAGCUGUGGUGAUGGUGGUGAUGGUGGUGGGUGGGGCGCACCGACUACAACAUGUGAGUCACAUCAACAGCGAAACUAGGUUUGAAAUCCACGCAAAGAUGAAAGUAAUACACUGGGAUCUGUUCCAGAGAUUUCAUGUGUUUAGAGUCAUAAUAAAUAAGUGGAACAAGA